AUGUAUCAAUUAAAAAUCAGUAACCAGUGGUUACUAGCAAGACACGAAUCCGCCUUAAAUUUAUCAUCGUUUUCACAGUGCAUGUGUUUUGGGGAUAUUUUUGAUUUGUCUACUAACCAGCUGGUUCUAGCUGAUUUUAGUCAAUACUUUGAAAAAAUUCACUCUAAUCUGGGAUAUUCUGAAUUUAAAGUUAAAGCAUUUAAAGGAACUAAACUCAUCAGUGAAAUAGCACAUUCUGAAGCUCCUUCUGGAAUCAUUACGUUUAAGUGUAGGGAAAAAGAUAAGAUUGUUUCAGAUUUGGCCGUUGCUGCUGGACCAUACAUAUAUGUUUACCGUAAACUAUCACCUUUCUAUAAAUACAAUUUGCCUGUAACUCAGCCUCUAUCAGAUGAAUUCCAGCUAUGGGAACAAGCUAGAGAGGGUCAACUAACAGCCGAAGAGUUACGUACCAAACUUGGAGAACUGAAGCAUAAUUUGUCUAAGCUUAGUCCGAGAUCUAUACGAUAUCUCCAGUUGCCCUUAGACUGUUUGCAUGAGUUUUUCAAUGCUCACAGAGUGUCUAAACUUGAAAAACAGACAGUUGCCACUUGUAUAUCUUGCAUGAGUAAGCAGCACUGUGGACCUAAUUCUUGGGAUUGUUUAAUCGUUGGCACAGAAUCGUCUUUUAUUUAUAUUUACGACUGCGUAUCUCACAAUAUUUUAACUCAGAAUUCGCUUCCAUCUGUUCCCGUCCAUAUAAAUGCAGUGGGUUCAUAUGAUAUUGAUUACCAUAUUUUAGUGACGUGUCGUAAUGGAAUAAUUUAUUCAAUAAAACGUGGAGAAGAUAAUGUAAAGGCAUUUAUCGACCUUGGAUCGCAAAUCAUUGGCUUAGUUCGUACAGACAAAGUCAUUAUUAUUGCCUGCAUGGAUCAAACAGUUAAAGGCUUUUCAUUAAAGGGUCGACCUAUUUGGAGGGUUAGACAUUCAUGUGAAAUUUUAACUUUGGCACCAAUGAACUUUAUGAGUUCAAACAAUAGAAAUAAUGAGAUUUAUUAUAUCUUGUGUUUGUCUGAUGGUUCGGUAAAUAUUUACUGUGAUCAACAUUUAUGCGACCAGUGCAUUGUCUGGAUUCCAUUAGCUGAAAAUAAUAAUAACGAUGAUAAAGACAAUGACUCCAUAGGCAAAGGUAUUCCGGCGAAAGAAGUGAAUAAAAGUCAGUUGAACAAACUAAUUAAUUAUCAGUCAGCCAAACCCGAUCCAAUUGUUGCUUGCUGUUUUGGAAAGUAUGACAGAGAAUUAAAUACAUUAGUACUUAUAUCACAAGGUGGACAUAUGUUCAUCUUGAUUGUCAAACGUUCAGCUAAUUUUAUCCCAAUUAAUGUGAUCUCCUGUCGCACGUUAAACAAACUUGAUCAUUUAAAUUUUCCUAAAAAAUCGAAAUUAUUCAUGGAUUUAACAACUCGUGAACAACUGAAUGCGUCGCAAAUGUACCGUCAGUUUAUACAUGAUAUGUGUUUCACAAAACGUUCAGUUGCCAGUACUUUCCUGAACAUUUUAGAAAGUCAUUCCACCCCAAUUCCAAUUUCUGGCUAUGGUGAACAAAUCAAAUUAAAUGUCCUGGUGCAGGGUCUUGGUCCUGCGUAUAUUUUGAUUUGUGACAUAAUUCAGAUAAAGGGUGAACAUGUAUCACCUGUGAACGGUUUGUUCAUACUGAUAUCAUUCAAUGCUUCAAUUUUUCGUGUGAAUCCAGUUUUAAUUCCACUGGCGACAGUUAUACCUUCUUUAAAAUACCGUUACACAUCUUCUGUUUCCUUAAUACGUGAAACCUUCAUUGAAGAGGAAAUAAAGGUUUCUAUUGUCAAUAACAGGAGUUCUAGUUCAAUAGUUUCAGCCUCUGUUAAAGUGCCAAUCAGUGAACCAUUGAUUGAAAAUAUUUAG